ACCAUCACAUUCCACAUCCCCCUCACCCCUCACCUCACCUCCGGCGUCGACCUCGACCUCGACUCCACUAACCAACCUGACCCAAGCAUCCAACUCCAUCGCCUCUGUCUCCAUCCAUCCAUGGCGGCCAUCCAGGCUCACCAACGCCUCUUCUUGGCAUCUACCUGCGCCGGCCAGCGGCUGCGGCCGAGGCCGAGCCGGAUCGCCGCGCCCUGCCGCGCGGCGGUCAGCGGCGGCGUGCGCACGGCGCAGAGCCCGUCUUCGUCGUCGGGGAGCGGGAGCCCCAGUAGCAUGAGUCUUAACCUUGACUGGAUCGCUGCCGUCCCGGCGAAGGAGGAUGUCAGCGGCGCGGCGGCGGUGGAGCUGGAGAAGCUCAGGGCGAUCGCGGAGGCUGCGGCGGACAGGGCCGAGAUGCACGACAUCAUCGGGAGGCAGCGGGACAACUGGAACCACCUGCUGCUCCACUCCAACAACUCCCUCCUCCUCGCGGCGUCCGUCAUGGCCGCGCUCGCGCCCGCCGCGCCCACCGUCGUGGCGCUCAAGGCAUCCGCGGGGGUCCUCCUGGCCUCCGCCGCCGUCACCAUGGCCGCCGUCAACAAGAUCCAGCCGUCGCAGCUCGCCGAGGAGCAGCGGAACGCCACAAGGCUGUGGAGGCAGCUGGAGCGCGACGUCCGCGCCACGCUCGCGCUCGCCGCGCCGGUGACCAGGGCCGACGUCCACGACGCCAUGGACAGGGUCCUCGCGCUCGACGCCGCGUACCCGCUGCCCCUCCUCCCCGGCAUGCUCGAGAAGUUCCCCAAGACCGUCGAGCCGACCCGGUGGUGGCCGAAGAAGAAGCAGCAGCAGCAGCAGCAGCAGCGCGCUGCGGUGAACAAGUCGAACAGCUUCGGCAGCAGCAGCCGCCGCCGCGGCGCACGCGGCAACGGCUGGACGCCGGAGCUGGAGGAGGAGAUGCGCGGCAUCCUCCGCGUCAUCAAGGCCAAGGACGAGCACCAGUACAUCACGGUCGGCAAGAUGGUCCUCGGCCUCAACAAGGGCCUCGCCGUGGCGGGGCCAGCGCUCGCCGGCACGGCCGCGGUGGCCGCGGCCUUCAUCGGCUCCGGCGAGGCCGGCGCGUGGGCGUCCGGCGCCGCCGUCCUCGGCGGCGCGCUGGCGGCGGCGGCGAACACCGUCGAGCACGGCGGGCAGCUGGGCAUGGUGUUCGAGCUGCUCCGCAACUGCGCGGGGUUCUACCGGAAGAUGCAGGAGGAGAUCGAGGCGAACCUGGGCGAGGCCGACGUGGAGCGGAGGGAGGACGGCGAGGUGUUCGAGACGAAGGUGGCGCUGCAGCUCGGGCGGAGCACGUCGGAGCUGAAGCAGUUCAGGAGGAUGGCCUCGCCGGCGGUCAAGGACGACGACGUCAAGGAUUUUGCCGGAAAACUCUUCUAAAAAAAAACAAAUUCUAAUCACUCACUUAUUAGUCAGCUACCUCGUUAGGCUCGAAUUUUCCAAUUUGCUCCCAUAGGGAGUCGAACCCAGGACCUCAGGUGCUACUGAGGCUCUUAUAACCAUUAGGCUACAAGCCCUUUCACAGAGGCUCGAAUUUGAGCGAGAUGUGCAUAUAGAUUAGGGAUUCCAUUGAUUCUUUUGUAAUGAUUCGAAUUGAAAUUAGUGACAAUUCUUUUGAUUCUUCA